GUCUUCCGGCGGGGCGGGGCGGGGCGGGAGUCGGUCUUCGCGUGGCUCCGCUGUUCUGUGUCCCCCACGCCUCGCUCUGCCCUGUCCGGCUCCCCUCUUCUCCCCUCCCCUCCCCACCCCCGGAGGUCUCUCCGAGCGGCGCCGUUGGCGCUGUGUCACCUCCCGGGCUGCUGCUCCCGGCUCAUCCCGGCACAGCGCUCAGCCCUGUGGGCAGCUGUGGGCAGCGACGGAGCCGUCAGUGCCGCUUCCAGGAGAACGGCCGCCUCUUCCCAGCAGAGCAGGCUCCAGUUCAACUUGUGCCUUCCAGGCGUGAUCAUCCCAGGCUGCAGGAGAGCAGCAAAUGGCCACAGCACAUCGGUGUCAGGAGCCCGUGAGCUUUGCGGAGGUGGCCGUGUAUUUCAGCAGGGAGGAGUGGGCGCUGCUGGACCCUGCGCAGCGAGCGCUCUACCGGGACGUGAUGCUGGAGACGUACCAGUGCGUGGCCUGGCUGGCUCCUCUUCCAGCCCCCAAACCCGGGCUGAUCUCCCUGCUAGAAGGAGGGGAAGACCCCUGGAUCCCAGAUGUGCGUAGCCCUGAGGCCGUGCCAGGAGACCUGAGCCCAGCAGGAACUGGGAUUACAGAUAUACUGGAGGAUGUGCAGGAAAGUGGUGUGGCCGAAAGGCGGUGGGGUAGUGCCUGUGUGGGAGAAAUCAGAAGGGAUGUCCCAGGAGGCCUGGAGCAAGGUCAGGGUGAGCACAUCAAGAAGGCACUGGGAGAGCAUCUGGAAGAGAAAGGAAGGAGCCCAUUGCACUUCAACAUAGGUGAAAAGCAUGCCGAAGGACCCAGGAGCAAGGAUGUGUGUCAGAUGAAAAAGCAGAAUCCAUGCACUGAGUGUGGGAAAAUUGGAAAUAAUUCCAGUGUCAUUAACCACCAGCACAUGCACGCAACGAAGAGCCUGUACAAGUGCUCUGAGUGUGGGAAGAGCUUCAAACAGGAGUCCAAACUAACCCGCCACCAACGCAUCCACACAGGAGAGAGACCCUUUAAGUGCUCUGAGUGUGGGAAGGGCUUCAAAAGGAGUUGUGAACUGAAGCUUCACCAGCGCAUCCACACAGGGGAGAGACCCUACACGUGCUCUGCUUGUGAGAAGAGCUUCAAAAGGAAUUCUGAAUUGAAGCACCACCAGCGCACCCACACAGAGGAGAGACCUUACAAGUGCUCUGCUUGUGGGAAGGGCUUCAAAAGCAGUUAUGAAUUGAAGCUGCACCAGCGCAUCCACAGAGGGGAGAGACCCUACAAGUGCUCUGAGUGUGAGAAGAGCUUCAAAAGCAGUUAUGAAUUGAAGCAGCACCAGCGCAUCCACACAGGAGAGAGACCCUUUAAGUGCUCUGAGUGUGGGAAGGGCUUCAAAAGCAGUUAUGAAUUGAAGGUGCACCAGCGCAUCCACACAGGAGAGAGACCCUACAAGUGCUCUGCUUGUGAGAAGAGCUUCAAAAGAAAUUCUGAAUUGAAGCAGCACCAGCGUACCCACACAGAGGAGAGACCCUUUAAGUGCUCUGAGUGUGGGAAGUGCUUCAGCAGAAGUUCCCACCUCAAUAUCCACCAGCGCGUCCACACAAGAGAGAGACCCUUUCAGUGUCCUGCGUGUGAGAAGAGCUUCAGAAUCUGUACUGAAUUGAAGAAGCACCAGUGCAUCCACAGAGGAGAGAGACCCUUUCAGUGCUCUGAGUGUGGGAAGAGCUUCAAAAGGAGUUCCCACCUCACCUGCCAUCAGCACAUCCACACAGGAGAGAGACCCUUUCAGUGUGCUGAGUGUGGGAAGAGCUUCAAAAGAAGGCCUGAUUUGAAGCAGCACCAGCUCAUCCACACAGGGGAGAGGCCCUGCAAGUGCUCUGAGUGUGGGAAGAGCUUCAAAAGCAGGUCCCACCUCACCUGCCACCAUCGCAUCCACACAGGAGAGAGACCCUUUCAGUGUCCUGAGUGUGCAAAGAGCUUUAAAUGCAGAUCUCAUCUCAACACUCACAAGCGCAUCCACAGAGCACAACGGCUGUAG